UAGGACCAGAACAAAGGACUGGCCCUGGUCCGAAACGAAGAUAAGAGCAAGGCGGCUACAGUGCGCCGCCCUCAUUGUACCCUCAUUUUUAUUAACUGUUCACUCCUUGUUUGUUCUGCACGUCUUUCUUGGGCUCUUACCACCAUGUUCUCCUCUACCCGUUCCUUGCCUCGCUCUCAGCACACACCUGGGCAUUCUAAAAAAUCCUCCAUUGCUCCAUCGCUUUCAAGCACCAUGAAUUGGCUCUCUCGUAGCUCUUCCUCUGUCUCUGUCAGCCAGACUGCCCGGCACAAGUCAGCUUCCCGUUCCAUAGAAGUACUGUCGCCCAGAUAUGGAUCACUGGGCGCAGGCGCGACAGUCGUCCGGACCCCCGACGAAGCAUUGAAGGACUCGGGUGUACGUCUGACAUAUGAAGAAGACAGCUCACCCACAGAGGAGACUUACCAUGGCUAUAUCCUCGAUGAGAAACCGGAGGAUAUUCAUAGGCCUCUUCCCCCACCGCCGCCGCCUCUGCCGUUUGAAAUGGAAUCUGACGAUGAGGUUGAACUUGUCGACUCAGAUGAUGAUGAUGAGCGCAUUCGAGUGGCACCACCGAGACCGACGCGUGCUCUGCCGCCAUGCCCUACAAUUUCCCAGUCGCAACCAGCAAAGGCGCCGUCAUAUACGGCUAGCUCCGAUUCUCUUCCACCACCUCCCUUUCGCGCCAUUCUUCUAUCCGACGCGCCAAAUUCUACCGUUGACCGGUCGAAAGUCAUUAUUACCCUUGAAACAUGCACACAUACCCACAAAACCACAUUUGAUACCCUCACAUCUCAACCUUCACAUUUGUCUGAUUUCUUAGCGGGCUUGUUCCCCCGCGCAAGAAAUAUGUCCGAUGCAUCAUCUGUCUACUCAACAAAUAGUGAUGACAUGCAAGCAUGUCGAACACCUUUGCAAUUGGCCCCCACCGCCUUUUCGCACAGUCCUUUCCAUCUUUGUGUUUUCCUUGACCGGCCAAGCGAAUCAUAUCCUCAUAUCCUGGCCUACCUUCGUUGCCAUCCCCAAUAUCCCCGUCUUCCUCGUCUCGAUAUUGGAGCCCUAUUAGACCUGCGAGAUGAAGCUACAUUCCUCGGGCUGACAGGUCUUCAGGCACUCUGUGCGGAGGAGAUCCGACGUCUCGCUACCAUUGCACCAUCCGUGCACAGCAUGCGAGCGUCGGUGCACAGUAACCUCCUCGAGCGUACUGGGCGUGAAAUGCAGCGACCUGGACCAGGGACAGGGACGGCCCGCGACACAGAGAAGAGUUUAUCUGACGGUGGAGUUGGCUACCGCUCUCCACCUACACCUCAGUCGUGGACGAAGAGCCGCACUCGCGAGUCCACGUCAACAAGUAGUCGUCGGUCACCAGCUGGCUGGCUAUAACCAGACACAUUUAUUUUCAGAUCGUGGUUUUUAUUUAUCUUUCUCUUUUGGUGGCUCAUGAUCAUGUACCUUACUGCUCUUGACUGCUCUGGAAUGCGUCACUGUAUCAUAAUCUUUAAUUCACGACCAUGUAUCCAUAAGUACAUAGCAUAUGCCUAUUAGUCUGUCAUUACCGUAUAAAAGCAACAUUACCACGCCGCUGUUCAUGUCUGCCUUAUCACAGCUCAACCGCUGUUACGAGUU